AUGCCUCCUCCACCUCAACCUCGACGAUCGAAAUCGCACGCGAAAGGAGGAAAACUUGAAAAAGAUAAAGAAAAAUCGGAUGAAAAGAAAAGGUUUUAAAAUUGAAUUGAAGCUCGAGAAAACUGGUGGGAAUAUUGUAGAGUAGCCCGAUCCAAGUUUGCGUGUCCGGGCGCCAACGCACCGGCGCCGACCGGCAGGACUCCCACGAAACCGAAAGGACAGCAGGAAGUCGUCAAAUCGGUGCAGAUGGCUGUCGCGAAUCCUGUGAAGCUCAAAAAAGAGUCGAAAGAGGCGCGCGCUUCGAAGGCUGCUGCUCCGUCGGCGGCUCCGAGUGUUCCGAGCAGUCAGCCCAUUUCUCCGACGGCGGCCGCUAAUCGAUCGAGAGAGCCGGAGCGGAAAAGCAAGAAACCAUCGACAAAGGUUGGCUCCGUCCAUUUCUGGGACCUGCUAUCAUUAAAAUUUGAAAUAUUGCUAACCUGCAUGACCGAGCACACGCACUCCGCUUCAUUUUCGUCUUUCUUGCAGAAAUUCCAUCAAAAAUGCUCGUUCUUCCCACUUUUCUUGUCUGUCUUAAAAUCGUACGUUGAACACAUUUCUACAUGGUCUGUCAAUUUUGCUAGUUUUUCGAUAAAACCAGUUAGAAAUGUGUUCAAUGUACGAUUUUUAAAGAAGAGAAAAGCAAAAAACGAGAGUUUUCUAUAAGAUUAAGCAAACAAUGCAUUUUAAGGCGAAAAUUUAAAAAAAAACGAGCAGCCGAGCGCGUUUUCGUAGUCAAGCGGAUUAGCUAGAUAGUUUUAGUCCUCAACGGUUCUACUGUUGUUCUAAAUGACAAAAAGCACAGGGAGAGCCACUGAAACCUAUUUGUUGCAGGAAAAAUAGGUCUCCGAACCAAAGUGGCACUUUCCUAGUUAUUUAGAACACUUUGUGAGAGUUUCGAAGAAAAUUAUGAUCCCUGACAGAUUAGCAAUAACUUUUUCACAGAGCGACGAGAAAGUAAGCGACCCGAAGGAGAAAGAAAAAGAUGAGGGAAAAGGAGCGAACACGCGGAAGACGAGAACGACGGAGAGCAAGGUGAAUAAUUAUGGAAUGAGAAGAGACUCGGAACACUUAUUGCAGCUCUCGUCACAAGAGAAGAGCCUGGAGCAGAUGUCGUACGAUUCGAAGGACGAGACGGAGCAGCUGCGGAUGAAGUUCAACAAAAACCUCGCACAGAAGUUCUUCAAGCAAAUGAUGGAGUCGACGAAAGCUCGCAAGCGAAGAGACGAUGCUGUCAGAAAAAUGAAAUGGGUUGUUGAAACAACUAUUCCCAUUGCAGAAGCUGGAGACGAUGCCCGAGUCGAGUCAGAUCAACGCGUCGAUGCGUGCUCUUAAGAAGAAGAAGAAGAAGAAGGACGGUGCGUCGAAGAUGGUCAUGCUCUCCGGCCCGGAGAAUCUGUUCAAAGCUAACGGCGAACCGGUGUGGGUGGUGGCGGAGAGAGCGCCGGGCGAGGGCGAGAAGGACGAAGACGGCGUCGUCGUCGCCAAUCCCGAACUCGUGCACGCGCUCGCCGAGGACGAUCUCGUGAUCGAAGAGAAGGACUGGAUCGAGACCUCAGACGCCUACAUGAGCAAUCGCAUGAAGAAAGGGCGGUCGAUUCCGAAAUCGUAAGAGCUGUUUAGAAAUGUGCGCUCUGUACGAUCUUCAAACAAAAAGUCGAAAAGGCGACCAUUUUCGAUAAAAUUUCAGCAAUAAAUGAAUAUUUGGAACGAAAAAAGAAAACCGCAAAUGGAACGCGUUUUCUUAACCAAAUAUGAUUUCCAGCUACCGCUUCAACCCAUACGCCACAUUCAAAUCGCUUGAGAAGACGAACGCGUACACGACUCCCGAAACGGUCGCCUACUUCACCAUCCGCAAUCUCGUCGAGCUCUCCGAAGAGGCUCUGAAGCGAUUCACGCGGCGGCAAACGGAAAUUGACGAGGAGCCGCGGAGCCGUCCCGAGAGGCGGCUCGUCGCCAAGAUGGAGAAGAAGCCGUCGACGAUGACGGCGGAAGCGCCGGCGCCCAAGAGACUCGGAAAGAUCAAGUUCGACUUCGCGGCCACCAUUCAGAUGAACUAUGAUGUGAGCUCUGGAUUUGACACCGAUCAUAGUCCACCGAUUUCAGCGCAAGAAUCCGUUGCUGUCGAUCCAACGCCUCCGUCGUCAAAUCCAUGGAUUCGUUUUGGAGAAGACACAAGAAGUUUCGAGCUAA